CACAUCUCAAACUGGCAGAGCUCUGUCUUAGCAGAUCCAGUGUGGAAGCAGCUGUCAAAGAAGCCAGAAGGAUCUUUUCCCCUAAUUUCACAUAGCUUUCUUGCUUCAAGCUGCUGAGAUGAAAGGAGCAAGGCUGUUUAUCCUGCUUUCUAGUUUAUGGAGUGGGGGCUUUGGGCUAAAGGACACUACACAUACUUGGACUAUACCUGAGGAUGAGAACUCCCAGAAGAAUGUGACCUCUACUUCGGUUCCUCUAAGCAGAAUACAAAGUCGCCAGAUGCUGCCGACCACUCAGACCACAUCUGCUGAGAUGGCCACAGCUCCUGAGGCCAGCACCUCUGAAGAGGGUCUUCUGAAAUCAACACUGCUUCCCACGGAGACAAGCACAUCUCCCAAGGCUGUGAGAAACCAAACUCUCACGCCCACAGAGAAGCCAGAAAGGGUGCUGAAGUUACAAACUCCUGCCCUCCUGAUCAGCUCUAGCAUCACGUUCAGUCCUAAAGCAGAGUCCGUGGUCCUUCCCAACUCCACACUGAAAUUUCUUCAGAGCUUCGCCAGAAAGUCGAAUGAACAAACCAUUUCUCUAAACUCAGUUGGAGGUGUGGGAAAUCGAUCCCCCCGGGAAACAUACCUCAGCAGAGGUGACAGCAGUGGCAGCCAAAGAACCAGCUAUCAAAAACCAAGUUUUGAAACAACUAGAGGAAAGAACUGGUGCGCUUAUGUACAUACCAGAUUAUCUCCCACAGUGGUACUGGACAACCAAGUCACUUAUGUCCCAAGUGGAAGAGGGCCCUGUGGCUGGAACAGUGGAUCCUGUCCUCAGAGAUCACGGAAGAUAUCAAAUCCUAUCUACAGGAUGCAACAUAAAAUUGUGACCUCGUUGGAAUGGAAAUGCUGUCCUGGAUUCAGUGGCCCAAAAUGUCAGCUAAAAGCCCAGGAGCAGCAGCAGCUGAUACAGAGCAGCCAGGCUGAGAGUCCCACCGCUGUUGGCAGAGGGACACCGGAGCAGCAACAGCAGCACCAAGACUGCGGUGACCCAGCAGUGACACAAAAAAUGUCUGACCAGAUGAACCACCAGGCAAUGAGACUGACCCUUCUGCAGAAGACCAUUGACAAUAUUUCCUUGGCUCUGAGUGAUGUCAGAAACACGUACUCCUCCCUAGAGGGGAAAAUCAGUGAAGAUAAAGGCAGAGAAUUCCAAUCUUUUCUAAAAGGUCUAAAAUCCAAAAGCAUUACUGAUCUGGUAAAGGACAUAGUAAGAGAACAAUUUAAAAUUUUUCAAAAUGACAUGCAGGAGACCAUAGCACAGCUCUUCAAGACAGUAUCAACUCUAUCAGAGGAGCUUGAAGACACCAGACAAAUAAUUCAACAAGUUAAUGAAUCUGUGGUUUCAAUAGCAGUCCAGCAAAAGUCUGUUUUAAUACAAGAAAAUAGGCCCACUUCAACCGAUAUAUUGGAGCUAAAAAAUCACAUUGUGAAUAUGAGACAAGAAAUGACAUUCACAUGUGGAAAGCCUAUUAAAGAGCUAGAAGCGAAGCAGACUCACUUGGAAGGUGCCUUAGAACAGGAACACUCCAGGAGUGUUUUGUAUUAUGAAUCCCUCAACAAGACUCUUUCUAAAAUGAAGGAAAUACAGGAGCAUCUUUUAUCAACUGAGCAACUCCCCAGUCAGAAGAGUGUUCCAGCUGCUGAAUCAGUUAGUGAUAAUGUCACUGAGUACCUGUCUACUCUACAUGAGAAGAUAAAGAAGCAGGGUUCAGUGAUGCUGCAGAUGUUUGGUGAUUUGCACAUGCAAGAGAGCAAGAUUAACAAUCUCACCCUUGCUUUGGAAAUGGAGAAAGAAUCUGUCAGGAGUGAAUGUGAAGACAUGUUAUCCAAGUGCAGAAAUGAUUUUAAAUUUCAAAUUGAGGACGUAGAAGAGAAUUUACAAAUUUUAAACCAAACGUUGGCUGAGGUUCUCUUUCCAAUGGACAAUAAGAUGGAUAAAAUGAAUGAGCAACUAAAUGAUCUGACUUAUGAUAUGGAGAUUCUUCAACCCUUGCUCGAGCAGGGAGCAUCAUUUCAAGAGACAAUGACAUACAGACAACCAAAAGAAGCAGCAGCGAUGAAGAAAAAAGUGGAAAAUCUGACUAGUGCUGUCAACAGUCUAAAUUUUCUCAUCAAAGAACUUACAAAAAGAUACAACUUACUUAGAAAUGAAGUACAGAGUCGUGGUGAUGCCUUAGACAGACGUAUCAAUGAACAAGCCUUAGAAAUGGAAGAUGGUCUGAAUAAGACAGUAACUAUUAUAAAUAAUGCCAUUGAUUUCAUUGAAGACAACUACAUGUUAAAAGAGACUUCAAAUACAAUAAAGUAUAAUCCUGAGGUCCAUCAUAAAUGUACCCAGAAUAUGGAAACUAUUUUGACAUUUAUUUCUCAGUUUCAACAUUUGAAUAAUUCUAUUCAGAUUUUGGUCAAUGACAAUCAGAAAUAUAACUUUGUCCUGCAAGUUGCCAAAGCCCUUGCAUAUAUAUCUAAAGAUGAAAAACUGAGUCUGUCCAAUUUUGAAAAUAUUUACCAAAUGUUGAAUGAGACCAGUUCCCAAGUGAUAAGAUACCAGCAAAACAUGAGUCAUUUGGAGGAAAAAAUACUUUCAGCCACAAAGAUUUCCAAAAAUUUUGAAACUCGGUUGCAAGGCAUUGAGUCCAAAGUGACCAAGACGCUCAUACCUUAUUAUGUUUCACUAAAAAAAGGCAGUGUGGUGACAAAUGAAAGAGAUCAGGCCCUUCAACAGCAGGUACUCAGUUCCAGAUUUAAAGCACUGGAAGCAAAAUCCAUCCAUCUUUCGACUAAUUUCUCUGUACUUAACAAAACUCUCUAUGAAGCUUUAGUGAUGUGUUAUAAUGCUUCUACAGGUGUAUCAGAACUGAAUGCUACCAUAUCUAAGAGGAUAAAAGGUUCCCUACCAGAUACUCAACUUCUUCAGAAAGGUCUGACAGAAUUUGUGGAAUCAGUAAUUGAAAUAAAAAUGCAAAUUGUGCUAUCUAAUUUAACUCGGCAUAUAAAUCAGUCAUUGUCUGGUAGUCUUGCAAACCUUGUCAAGUCACAGGAGCGAAUAAAACCAUUGCUGAAGAAACCCAAUACACUUAAGAAACCAGCAGUGAAUCUUACCGCUGCCCUGAUAGGCCGGACCCAAAGAAACACAGACAACGUUCUACUUCCUGUGACAAAGGAGUAUUCAGACUGUAGCAGGUCCCCAUGCCAGAAUGGGGGCACGUGUAUAAAUGGAAGAAUCAGUGUCGUCUGUGCGUGUCGACAUCCUUUUACUGGUGACAACUGCACCAUCAAGGUGGUGGAAGAAAAUGCUUUGGCUCCAGAUUAUUCAAAAGGUUCUUACAGAUAUGCACCGAUGGUGGCGUUUUUUGCAUCCCAUACUUACGGAAUGACUACACCUGGUCCUAUCCUAUUUAACAACUUGGAUGUCAAUUAUGGAGCUUCCUACACUCCAAGAACUGGAAAAUUCAGAAUUCCCUAUCUUGGGGUGUAUGUUUUCAAAUAUACUAUUGAGUCAUUCAGUGCUCAUAUCUCUGGAUUUUUAGUAGUUGAUGGAGUAGACAAGCUUGCAUUUGAGUCUGAAAAUGUUAACAGUGAGAUACGCUGUGAUAGGGUUGUGACUGGGGAUGCCUUAUUAGAAUUAAAUUAUGGGCAGGAAGUGUGGUUGCGACUUGUCAGAGGAACGAUUCCAGCCAAAUUUCCCCCUGCUACUACAUUUAGUGGUUACUUGUUAUACCGUACAUAAAUUAGUAUGAAGGACAGACUGUCACCUUGACUGAGAAGCAGCCUGUGUUUUUAUUUAUCUUUGCAUGCACAUCUGCUCUGUUUUCGGUUUUUCUACAUGAAUGAAAACCAACUUCUUUUUUAAUCUGAGGAAGGCUGUUAAGUUUAUUUCAUAAAAUUAUUUGAAUUUCUUUUGGACAACCUAUAUAUAAAGGAAUUAUUGCUCCUAAAGAGACUUAGUGGCAUAGAAAACAAGGUGCGAUUGUUAGCAUAAUCAUUCCUUUUUUGUUUUCUCACGUAAGGCAUUUCAAUGUAAAGUAAUAUUAUAAAGUGACACUCACUCAGUAUUGUCAGUCACAGUAGUUUUCCAGUAAAAUGCUUUUGUUAUUCCAUGUGUAUGUAAAUAUAUAACAUGUUUCCUAAAUUCACAAAUUCAAAUAAAUUAAAUUGCUCAAAGAAAG